AUGUCGGUAUUGCCGAAGGAGGGAGAUAAGAGGUGGAUUCCACCGUGCCGGGGUAUCUUCCGGUUAGACGUGGAUGUCUCUAUCCAUGCGAAUGGGAAUUUGGUUGGAGCAGGGUUUCUGGUUCGAGAUCAUGAAAGAACGGUGUUAGCGGCGGCUGCGAGACGCAUUGGACGAACGGAGACCACUCUUAUGGGUGAAUUACACUCGAUCUUGCUGGGUGUGGGUUUUUGCAUGGAACAAGAUUUUUGCCCUCUUGAGGUCUUCACUGAUUCACUCUUGGCGGUGCAUGUUUUGAGUGAGAAGACGAGGGGGAUUGAUUCUCUUUGCGACGACCUUUAUGAUGCUUUUAUUUCUGCAAAGGAGAAGAUAGUGCUUGAUUUUAAACAUGUUCGUAGGGAAGCUAAUAGAGCGGCCCAUUUCUUGGCUAAUUUAGCCGUGUGUGUUCCUGAUGCAAUGAUCUGGAGAUCUGAUUUUCCAUCAUCUCUCUUAGAUAUUGUUCAUCGCGAUUUGAAUUAA